AUGGCUCAAUUAGAUUCUGUUUAUUGGUUAAAUAUACAAAGACAUAAUGAAAAUGUGUCAAAAAAUAGGUAUAUUUUAUCCAAAAUUAUUAAUUGCAUUAAGUUUUGUGGAGCUUUUGAUCUAGCUCUUCGGGGUCAUGAUGAGAGCGAUUCUUCCGAGAAUCCGGAGAUAUUUCGUGGACUCAUAAAUUUCUCGGCUGAAUUAGACCAACUAAAAAAUUAUUUGGUAUAUAAAGGCACCUUUAAAGAAAUACAUAACGAUCUGUUACAGUGUAUGCUCGAUGUCUGUCAUGAACAAAUAAUUGAGGAAAUUAAUAAUUUUCCAUUUUUGGCGAUCAUGGCGGACGAAACAACGGAUGUUGCUGCAAAAAACUCAACUGGUAUAUUUAGAUAUGUUCGCUAUGGUGAGCCAAUUGAACGUUUUUGGAACUACUUAAUUCCUGAAAAAUGUGAUUCAGAAACACUUAGUAAAACAAUUUUAAUUGUUAUAGAUCCUUUAAUUCAAAAUUCACAGAACAAACUGAUGGCACAAAAUUAUGAUGGAGCCGUGGUGAUGAGCAGCCAAUACACAGGCGUGAUCGCAUUAAUAAAAAAAGUAUCCUUUUGCUCACUAUGUACAUUGCUAUACCCAUCAGUUUAA